AUGCCACCGCGCUCACCGCCGUCUCCGGACCCGCAUCCUUCGAAACGCCAACGUGCUUCCUCUCCGGAUAAGGAUUCGCCUUCGUCAACCGGGAAUGGAGGCCCUGCCUCUCCCACUACCGAACACUCGUCGCAUGAUGGCGCCGGUCAUGGCUCCAAAAUCGGCCAGUCUAGCAGCUUCCGCAAUGUCAGCGCUUGUAACCGCUGUCGGUUGCGCAAGAAUAGAUGUGACCAGAAGCUACCCAGUUGUGCCAGCUGUGAGAAGGCUAGGGUAGCCUGCGUUGGCUACGACCCUAUAACUAAAAGAGAGAUACCGCGCAGUUAUGUUUACUAUCUGGAAACCCGUGUCGACCAAUUGGAAGCCCUGCUUCGUCGCAACAACAUCCAAUUCCCGCCUGCUGAUAACCUUGAAUAUUGUUCGCGCCCUGGGGCUGAUGGAGGGCUUGGAAGGUCAACCACAGAUGGCGCGCCCUCGACCGCUACUGGAAUCGCGGAAACUUCAGGUGGCACAAAAACACAAAAGAACAGUGACGAGAUGGAGAAGCCGGCUAAGAUAGCGAGACAUGGUGGCGGACAGAGACAUCUCGGAUCUGCUAACGGAAUAUCAUUUGCGCGCGUGGUAUUCGCUGCUGUCCAGUCUUCUGUCGGGGACCAGAAGUCGAGCUCUGAUAAGACCGGUAUCCGGCCGUAUAGACCAAUUGCCGGGAACGGAGCCGCAGCCGUCUCAAGCACGUCAAUGCGUGAUUCAUUCUUCGGCCUCCAUACGCGACCCACUAUCAGACCGGCCGAAUUUCCUCCUAAGGACCUGGCCAUCAAAUUGGUAGAAUUGUAUUUCGAACACGCCAAUCCUCAAAUACCUGUCCUCCAUCGAGAUGACUUCAUGCAGAUGUUCGAUCGUGCGUAUGCGGAUGAAGGUAGGGUACGAGGCCCAAAAGAACUUUAUGUGUUAAAUAUGGUAUAUGCAAUCGGAGGUGGUAUUAUUAUGGACGCACAGACGACUUCUGCCAAAGCCGGUGGCGAGGAGAGAAAGCAGGCUCAACCCGAGGAGUAUCACGCUAGUGCCGUCGUUCAUCUGGAAGCCUGCCUGAGCAACAGUGGCGGGGGAUUAGAGGAGCUCCAGGCCGUGUUACUCCUAGCAAAUUUUGCUCUACUUCGCCCAGUCCCACCGGGGCUAUGGUAUAUUGUCGGCGUUGCCGUGAGAUUGGCAGUCGACUUGGGCCUUCACUAUGAAGACGGGAAGGAUGUCGAGUUUGAUCUUACGGCUAAGUCUAAAGUUGACGAGACAGGUGACAAACGAGAAGCUUACUUACGUGAAAGAGGGAGGCGGGAGUUUACUCGCGACCUUAGACGACGACUUUGGUGGUGCACUUAUUCGUUUGAUCGGCUUGUUAGCACUUGUGUUGGACGACCGUUUGGCGUGUCAGAUCAAGUAAUCACGACUGAAUUUCCCUCCAUGUUAGACGACCGUUAUAUCACCCAUGCCGGCUUUAUGGGUCGCCCAGCCGAGGGCGAGCCCACGUAUAAGAUUGUAGCCAAGCAUUACUUUCGACUGCGGCUGCUACAAUCUGAGAUUUUGCAAGUUUUGCAGUAUCAACAAACGCAGAUGGCUAGGUUCAAUGGACAGAAUACUAGGAACGAGUAUAUGCAUACUCAGCUUCCAUCACCUUUCUUGCAAAAAUUUGAUUCCUUUAGGAACUGGCGGAGAAAUAUCGACCAACGACUAUACGAGUGGAAGAACUCAGCGCCAACGAAGCAGGACUCGGGAGUCGCAUUUUCACCUGAAUUCCUGGAGCUGAACUAUUGGCAGGCUAUUAUUAUGCUCUAUCGACAAAGCUUAAGCGUACCGGCCAUGUUUGAAGGCGAAUAUAAUACUUCGAAAGAAGUUAAUAGCCCGUCUAUUUACGCCGCCGAGUCUCGAGAAGACGAAGAGAGGGUAUAUGUCAAAGUUGCUGAAGCUGGUCAGAAGAUUUUACGUCUAUACAGGCAAUUGCAUCUAGUUGGCCUCGUCAACUACACAUAUUUAGCCACACACCAUCUUUUCAUGGCAGGAAUAUCCUACCUUUAUGCGAUUUGGCAUUCUCACGUAGUUCGGAGUCGACUGACAAUGGACGAAGUCGAUUUCACGAUCCUAGCAGCUACUUCGGUUUUCACGGACCUCAUUGAGAAGUGUCCACCAGCAGAAGCCUGCCGUGAUGCUUUCGAUCGAACAGCGAAAGCAACUAUUAAGAUGGCGAAUUCUACAGGCGGGUUUGGACAAGUGUUACACCGAAACAAACGUUCUUCAAGAAACAAUGAAAGGGGCGAUUAUAUCAAUGCUAGAGAUGCGACGGCCAACAGACAUAAGGCUCAUCACUCUGGGUCUCGGACUGUGUCGUCGUAUACUACUCCGGGGCAGGAAAGUUACAAUUCAAUGGAGACCCCGUCGCAGAUGGGUUCUAUACAAGGAGGGGCGCAAUCCGGCGGUUUCCGCCUUUCUAUGCCUAACGUUAAGACAGAACAAGAUGGGUACUCGAUGCUACGCUCUAUGCCACAGUCGAACCUUAGCGCUGGUAGCAUAUCUGAUGCAGCAUCGCUUCCGGAUAACUCAGCCAUAGAUCCCGUUCUCCUUCCUUCUCCGGGGGCACACACCAACUCUCCUGUAUCUGUCAAUAGUAUGACGCCACAAUCCAACCAGGGGCAACAGUAUUCCCAAAAUACCGGAAACUCGAAUUACAAUCUGAUCAGGUCACCGGCGAGCAAUUUCACACCUAGUGGGAUAAACUAUUCGGAUUUACAGGGCAUGGACUUCCUGCAGGGUAUUCAGGAACAACCGAACGGCGAUGGUAUUAUUAACAAUGACCUUCAGAUGGACAUGGGUUUCGGUUUAGGUUGGGAGGGGAUGCAUCACGAUUUUAGCGACGGACAGCAAGUCGACCUUUUUGACGGAUUCUUCUUUGGAGGACAGCAAGGUGGCGGAUAA